CCAAGUGCAGGAAAAAAAACAUUCGAAAGGAUUUUUUUUUUAUUCAGGGGGUAGUGGGGAUGUACUCGAGCUGGACUGGAGAGUUGGUGACGAGAUAUGUUGAGCAUGAAAAGUAAACGGUCGUAAAAAAAAAAUAUUGCCAAAAGUGCUUGCUGCAAAGAGGAGUCUCGGGGAGGUUUUUUUUCAGUUUUGAUUAAAUGUGAUUUGUCAGUGAGAAAUGUCAGAGAUUGAUAUUAAGGAUAUAUUCGACACAAACAGAGUAUCCGGCGGAUGGAGGAUUCUCUGUUUGAUUUUGUAUGCUCCAUUGGGUCUUGCAUUGUUUUUUGCUCGUUUGGCCAUCGGAUUUAAUCUCUGGGUCUUGGGUAUUCUAUUACCUGACAGAGAGUCAACUAGACAAUUCCUUCAUUAUGGAUUUAGCUUGUGCCUUGGAAUCUUGGUUAACGUGAAUCCAGAGCCCGAACCAAGAGACAAAAGAUCACGUAUAAUAAUUGCAAACAGUAUUUCGGCUCUGGAUCAUUUUGCUUUGUACAAAGCGACAGGUGCUUUUACACCAAGCUUAUGGGAAUUGCCAGUCACUCUGAGUCAUUCCCUGGGACUGCACAAAAUGGAUAUGAGCGGCAAAGAUGUUCUUAUCAGAAAUAUACAGCAAUUCAUAUUGGCAUCAAGCUCCAAUGUCAUAGCCAUACAGCCCGAAUUCAGCGCAACAAACAGUCGUGUUGCUCUUCUAAAAUUCAAUUCCUGGCCCUUCAGCAUUGAGUCAUCCGUACAACCGGUGGUUUUAGAAGCUCGAAGACCACAUAUUCUGGGAGCUAAUCUAACAUCUGUCUCGUCAACGUGGUGGACUGAUAUUUUUUGGUUCAUGUUCGUUCCAUACACGAUAUUCACACUGAGAUACUUAAAAGUCAAAAGCAAUAACGAUCAUGAAGUUCUGGCUCGUGAAGUUGAGCGUGACAUUGCAGAAGUUCUUGGUAUCAGAACGAGCAACUAUACCGUUACUGACAAAUUUGAAUACGAAAAGCGUUAUAUUAUCGAAACUACACAGAGCAGAUUACGCCCGAGACGAUCGACCAAUCACGCUGCCGUUACUAUUGAAAUGCAAAGUAUGGUCCGACAAGUUCGAGAUGUUCUUCCAUUUGUACCUGGCUACGUUAUUCAACGAGACUUGUUGAAAACCGGCAACGUUGACAUAACUGUUGCAAAUUUACUGGACGGAAUUGUCACGUACACACCCGAGCAAAGAAGUUCGGGCAGUGGUGGAUCGAGUACAUUGGAAAAUGUGCAGUCUUCGAACGAGGAAAAUAUACGGGAGAAUCUUUCGUUUGAGGAAAGAAAGGCAAAGAUGAUUGCAACUGCGAGGGAAAAAUAUAUGAAGAAACACGGAAUAACUGAUUGCUGACACGUUUUUAUUUUCUUUUCAUUUUGCACACUGUACGUUGAAAAAAUGAAAUUAAGGCCCAAAUACAAGGAAAAAUAUUACGUACAUAUAUAUGUGAAUAUUUAAAUUGACACAUGUAUAUUUGCAUAUAUUGUUCGGUUCAUUGAAAUCAAUGUGAUUUUACGAUCAAAUAUCGUCUGGUAUUCUCGGUCCUUGAACCCAAUUAUUAAGUUACUUAUCAACCCCUGCUCUACCUACUCCUUUUCGCUGAUGUAGCUUUCAGUGCCAAUUUAUUAUCUCAAAGUGUAUAGCAAAUACUCGAAUUAAAUUUUCAUUGAAAAUCACUUAUUUUACGGAUUUCUCGUAGCACAAAGUCAAAUCAUGUAUUCUUUUCUCAUUAGCUUUUCGAGCACUGUGUCACGUGUUCGCUCCCAUAAACCUAGCUCGAUAAGAGCCAAAAAAUUUACUUAUAUACUUGAAUAUAUAGAUACAUAUAUAUUCGAUAAUCAAAUUCCUGUUUAUUAUUUACAAUCUGCGUUAAAUAAAGUUAAAUGAAAUACA